AUGACUGCGCAAAAUUCGCCCGCAAAAAUGAAGGAAUUACGUUUGCCUAUGUCAAGAGUAAAAACAAUUAUGAGAAGUUCUCCUUACGUCGAUACAAUCGGGCAAGAUGGAUUGUAUCUAGUCACAAAGGCUACGGAACUAUUUAUACAUUAUCUAACGGAAGAAGCUCAUUUGAGAAGUAGCAAAGGAAAUUCUUUAGACUAUAAGCAUCUUGCAGAGGUAGUACAGACCAAUGAUACAUUGGAAUUUCUCAGAGAAAUAAUGCCCAGGAAGAUUACAGUCAGACAAUUCAAAGAAAUGAUGGCUGCAAAAAAUUCACAUAGCAGUUCUUCAGAAAGUAGCUCAGACUCGGACAGUGACAGUGAAUCAGAUACAGAUUCUUGUUCUGACAGUGAUAGAAAGGCUGACAAUUCGUCAAAUAGUGAGCAUGAGAGUGAAACAAAAGAGAAUGGCAAAUGUGAUUCUGCUAGUGACAGAAGUGAAGCCAGUGAUAAAAGUGACAGUGAAGAUGAAAGCAAAAGAUAG